GUGUUGCUCCACAGGAAGUCAAUGAGCAAAGCUGAGAAAACUUGCACGAUUAUGGACGCUUAUUAUCAUCUGCUUCUAGUCUUUCUACUGGCUUGGUUUUGUUCAUCUGAGAAAUCUCCAGUUUCUCUCUUUGAGAGUGGGCCAGCUCCGGGCAAACCACAAAAUGUCAGCAAGAAUGAUACAGAAGUUAAAAAGGCUGUCCUAACUGCAGUCUACUUCUUCAACAACAAGUCCAAUGAUGCCUUCUUUUUUAAGGCUUCAGCCAUUGAUGAUGCACAGAAACAAAUUGUUAAAGGUAUAAAGUACAUUCUCAAAAUUGAGAUAUCUCGGACUGUGUGCAAGAAGAGAGACGCUGGUGCUGAUCUUGAUAAAUGUAGCUUCCAGACAGAACGCCAAUUGCAACAGACUUUCCUCUGUAACUUUGAGGUGUGGGCUAUACCAUGGCAGAAGAUAAUGAAGACCACAUAUUGGGUUUGCGUUUCUUGAAACAAGUAUGACUAAUAACUAUACGUCUGAAACAGCAUGUACUUUCAAUUUAACUGGCUAAGAAUAAAAUGCUCAACUGGUACACGUAAUUUUAAAUGUGCUGUCACUGAUCAUGCAUAAUAGCUGGAAUACUCACUGGCCACUUUAUUAGGAACACCCAUCCACCUGCUGUUUUCUGCAGUUCUCUAAUCAGCCAGUCCCUUGACAGCAGCACAAUGCAUAAAAUCAUGCAGAUACAAAUCAAGAGCUUCAGUGAAUAUUCACUUCAAACAUCAGAAUGAGAGAAAUUGUGAUCUCAAAAUGUGACUUUCACUGUGGCAUGGGUGUUGGUGUCAGAUAACUAGUCUGAGUAUUCAUAUUAAGCUUAGUCUUGUGUAAGGCCCUAGCUUUGGACAUAUUGUAUAAACAGGCUCGCUCUUUCUUUUAAUUUAUUGUACACGCUAUGCAGUAGCUGAUAUGAAAAAGUUACCACAGACAAUUACCACAGUUCACAAAUUAGCAAAGCAUUCAACAUGAAAUUAUUGCUAAUUGCCAGUUCCCUCUUCAGCGCUGAAAUGAACUUUGCAAAUGGAAGCUCAGAGACUCUCAAAACUUAACUAAUGCCAAUGUGUUAAGGUAAAGCAAUGGAUAUGUAAAAUACUGUUUUGUCAUUCCAGAGUUACAUUUCAGUCUUGCAACUAGAAGUUAUAAAUUUCACAAGUUGUCAUCUGCACUGAUAUUCCUGUUGCAAAGUUUUCAAGUAACUCAGCAGCUCUAUUUUAAGGGCCAGAGGAGAGUUCAGUGCAAAUAACAGAAAUCACAGUGCAAACACUGUUCACCAUCUGUCAUAAGAGCAAAACAAAUAUAGAAAUGUCACCUUUUUUAAAUAAAGCAAGCUGGCAUCUGCA